UGAACGCGAUUUGUGAAAACAUGUCCGCCUUUUGUGUUUUUUGACGUAAAUAUUGGUUAAAAUCCUUCUGUGUUUGCAUCUGCGUGGUGAUUUUCGGUGCUUUAUCAGUUUUAUAAUGUGUGUGAAAGUGUUGUGAUCAGUUCAUAUGCGGCUGUUAUACAAAACAGGACCGAUGGAGUCACUCAGAAAAUGGUUCUACAAACCAAGGAGAGACGACCGUUCUCUGCUCGCGCAGUUUUUCUUCGCUGACGACGCUCUCAACAUGAUAGCAGCGGAGUUGGACUCCUUCGACGGUCGCAAGGACCCCGAGAGGUGUUCCACGCUGGUCAACCAACUACGGCACGCGCAGGACAGAGUGCUCAACAUCACCAGCCAGAUAAUGGACCAGGUGCUGGGUGACGAGAGGGUGGCGAGGGGUUUCCGCGUCAAGUUUCCCGAGGACGUUCUCCAGGACAACUUGGCUGGACAGCUGUGGUUCGGUGCAGAGUGUCUAGCAGCGGGAUCCUCGAUCAUGAACAGAGAAGAGGAAUCCGCCGCAAUGCGCCCCCUAGCGAAAGCUCUCACGAGAAGUUUAGAAACAGUUCGAUCUCUUCUCCGCGAGCAGUGCUUGCGACCGCGCGGUCUUGCGUUACAAGACCACGAUGACAUGUUGCAUGAGAGUCUGAGAAUAUUUGACAGACUGUUCGCGGAAUUCGAACUGUGUUACGUGAGUGCAAUGGUCAACGUGAAAACGCCGCACGAGUUCGAAGCUCAACAACUCAUCUGCGUCUUGUUCUCCGAGAGUCUGCGGAGGGCGUUGAAGCAGAACCUCCUUACUCAGGAACAGGUGGACUCAUACGACCCGGCCCUGAUGUUCGCGGUACCUCGCCUAGCCAUUGUGAGCGGCCUACUUAUCUACUCUAGCGGGCCGUUGAGCAUAGACAAACUGCCGGAGGAGAUGUCCGACAUGUUCCGGCCUUUUCGCACACUGCUUCACAAGAUCAGGUCCCUGUUGUGGACUCUAGAUAGGCGGGAGCUGUUGGCUUUGGAGCGAUUUCUGUGCACCAACGAAGACGUUUCAAAUUUGGCGGGCCUUGAAAUACCUGCAGACGAUUCGACGCGAGAAUCCUGCUAUCCCGACAUAGGAGAGUUUGUUUCCAAGUUUUACGCGGACCAUGCACAUUGUAGGGACUUGUACACAACGCAAAGUUCGAGUGAACCGACAAUAACGGAUGGCGACUAUCUACCCGACAAUAUUGAAGUUAUGACGCCAAUAAUUGACGGUCUAAGACGCCUUAGCGAGGACAUCGACGAAUCGGAGAGAGAAUCCGAAAUAGACGACAGACAGACGGACACAGCUAGUACUGACACAUUCCAAACAAACGAGAGCAGAGAUUACGACAGAGCAAGAAAAAUUAGUAGGCCAGAGAACGACCUGUCUUCACUAAGAAACCUUUCAACAAAUGGCCUAAUGAUGUUCGACCCUCUAGUGAUAAACGCAGUGUCUGCAUCUUCCUCGAAUGGAGAUUCCAGACAAAUGCCCGACCAGGAGCUAGUCACGUCACUAAACGAACAAGUAACCGAAAUAGUCGAUAGACUCUCAUCGAUCGUUAGUGAUGUAGACAUACACGACAUCAAAAACCAUUCGUUCUCAACGAACGAUGUACCGACGCUUAUAUCGAAUGACAGUUCAGAGGAUUUCGGCUUCGCGGGACCCAGGAAUGAACAACUGAGCUGUAUGCCGUCAACUAGCCACGGAUAUUUAAUACCGAACGCGAUAAGUCAAGAACCGGUUGUGUUAGCAUCUUUAUCGCAUAACAACUCCGCCGUGUUCAAUCAAGACGAGGAAAAUGACUUUAAUCGUGCGAUAUUAAAUUCUGAUGUACCGUUGAUGAUGCCCAGUAUCGAAGCGGAUAUUGUUAAUAUGGAUAUGACCAUCGCAAGCGUGAAUUUGACUCAACUACUCAUAGCAAAAGAGGAAUUAAAAGAUAAUUGCGAAGAUAAUAUAGAAGUAGAUGAGGACAGCUUUCAUUCAGCUAAAAUGAAUAUGGAUAGAGAAGAAACGGUGAAGUUUAUGCUCGGUUACGAGAGCGAUCACGAUUCCCCAGCGGAUUCCGGUGUCAGCACAGAGAACACCAGUCUAGACCGCUCGCCGGACACAGAGCAGAGCAAAAACAUUAAAGAAACUCACUUCAUGCAACAGAACAGGGUAUUAAAAAGUCCAGUAGACGAAAGAAUAGAUGAGAAAGAGGCGAAGAAUACUCUAGAAAGUUCCUUUUCCGAUGUGAGAGACGACGUUGUAAAUAUAAAUUACGUUGAAGACGACACUCAGAAGAACGAAGCGGGGUCGUCUCACAUUGAAAGUUUAAACAUAGAUAGGUUAAGUGAAGACGGUUUGAACGAGGCAUCUAGUGUAAAUAGCGGUUCUGUACAAAAUUGGGGUUCAGCGAACCCCCAGGAAGAAUUUAAAACAAUUGAAGAUGUUAUUAGCGAGUUAAGGAGACACAGAGAGUCCGACAAGAAGAUCAGUUCGCUAGUAGAAGACAAUAAUAGGACUAACGAACCGAAUUGUUCACAAAGUAGUAAUUCUAGAAGGAAAACAAAGAAAUUGAGUUCCAAAAGUAAAAAAAAGAAAAAGUUAUGGUCGCCCGUCGGGCAUGUGAUAUUGGAAAAUCGCACGACGAAUCAAAACAGUCCGCUGAGAUUGAAUUUGGACCAUUUCGUAGAUGAAAGCGGAACGUCGGAGUGCGCUGACGACGAACAAAUCGCAUUAGCGUUGCAGGCUCAAGAGUUGGCGGCGAGGCAACAGGCGAGGGGGAAGUUCAAGUCAAGUGAAGAUCUCAUACACCGGCUAUUCGUGUGUAUAGCUGGUGUCGCCGACCAGCUACAGACGAACUUCGCAGCUGACCUGCGGAACAUACUAAAGGCGGUGUUCCAGAUGAACCAGACGAGCGAAAUACCAGAGACAAAGGAAGAGGAGACCAUAGUGUACCAGCCGUCCGAGGACCAGGUUAUGCAGAAUGGCAGCUCAUUCGACAGCGUCUACUCAGCUGAGGAAGUGUACGCAGACAGUAAUUCCGACUCGACAGGGUCGGAGUCGAAUACGCGACUGACGCGGCGGAACACGGUCAACGCGACGACCUUGAGUGAGCAAGCGACGCCGAGCGAGACGCGGAGGAAAUCCGUUGACCACAGCGGAAACCUGCAGGCCUCCGUGUCUACGGGAGAUCUCACUUAUACCAGGGAAGCGCGUACGCAGACCGUGAGCGUGGAACGUGCCCCGGAAUGGGUUCCGGAUAUCGCCGCGCCUGCGUGCAUGCGCUGUUCCGCCCACUUCACUGCUUUCAGAAGAAGACACCAUUGCAGGAACUGCGGUAAAGUAUUCUGCGCGUCCUGCAGUUCAAACUCCAUACCCUUACCGAGAUACGGGCAAAUGAAGCCCGUGCGGGUUUGCGAAGAAUGCUUCCAGACGAUAGCGCAGAACUGCCGGCGGCAGACGACGCACUACCGGUGAAGACUGUAGGAUGUUUUAUUAGAGGAAAUCUCUGUGCCGUUUGAUUGUGAACCUUAAUACUGUGGGAUAAAGUUUAAUUUGGAUUGCAGCUGGUAGGUUACGUUUAUCUUUGUUUUCUUCACGGAAUAUUUUAACUUUGUGUCUCUUACUUUCGAAACCAGUUUUCGUUACUUUUUAGUAUGUUUUAAAAGUAAAAUAUUAUACAUAAAAAAACUUCCAUUUAUUUUUAAUAACAACCCUUUUUUUUUGUUAAAAGAGAGGUAAGAAAAGACAGUCUACAAGUCUUGUAAUCUCGCUAGUUCCACUUUUUAUGAAUUUCAUCCCCAUCCGGAACACCAUAAACAAAAGGUUCCAAACUAAUGUUUAUUCCGCAGUAGAUAGGUUUUAACAUAAUAUGGCGAGUGUUGUGUAGCAAUAAUGUGUUAUUAUAUUACCCACUAAUAAAAUUCUACAUCACAUAAUUUUGUUUAUAAAAAAAAUUGUAUUAAAUAAACUAUUGAC